UCACAAACAGAAGAUUAAACCAAGAUUAUCAACUAAUCAAGUUAACCUGAACAAAACAAGGUUACUUCUUCAUCUUUCUCAUUCAUAUCAUAGACCCUAACAACACUAACAGGAGAAGCUUCUCUCGUUCUCUUCGUUUCGCUUCAACAAUGGUGCUCGAGGCGACAAUGAUCUGUAUUGACAAUUCUGAAUGGAUGCGUAACGGAGAUUACAAUCCCUCUCGAUUUCAAGCUCAAGCAGACGCUGUCAAUCUCAUUUGCGGUGCCAAAACACAGUCUAAUCCGGAAAAUACAGUGGGAGUUCUCACAAUGGCAGGGAAAGGUGUUCGUGUUUUGGUCACCCCUACCAGCGAUCUGGGCAAGAUCUUAGCCUGCAUGCAUGGACUAGAGAUUGGUGGUGAGAUGAACCUUGCUGCCGGCAUUCAAGUUGCGCAGUUGGCUCUUAAGCAUCGGCAAAAUAAAAAGCAGCAGCAACGGAUUGUUGUUUUUGCUGGAAGUCCUGUUAAGCAUGAAAAGAAAAUGCUGGAGAUGAUAGGGAGGAAGCUGAAAAAGAAUAGUGUAGCACUUGAUAUUAUUAAUUUUGGUGAAGAAGAUGAGGGGAAGACGGAGAAGCUGGAAGCUCUUCUUGCGGCUGUUAACAAUAAUGAUAGCAGCCACAUUGUUUCUGUUCCACCUGGUCCAAAUGCUCUUUCUGAUGUACUGAUAAGUACACCUAUAUUUACUGGUGAUGGGGAAGGUGGAAGUGGUUUUGCCGCUGCUGCUGCCGCAGCUGCAGCUGGUGGUGUAUCUGGAUAUGAGUUUGGUGUUGAUCCAAACUUGGAUCCUGAAUUGGCUCUUGCUCUAAGAGUUUCAAUGGAAGAGGAGAGGGCCAGGCAGGAAGCAGCAGCCAAGAAGGCUGCAGAGGAGGCGGCCAACCAAGAGAAAGGAGGUGAAACCAGCUCCCAAGAUGCAACAAUGACUGAACGUGCCAGUGCAGCCACUUCUGAAGCUGAGAAUAAAACAAUUGAUUUAAUGGAUGAUGAGAAUGCCCUACUCCAGCAGGCACUUGCAAUGUCAAUGGAUGACCCUGUGAGUAGCCAUGAUGUAAAAGAUACGGAUAUGUCAGAAGCACCUGCAGAUGACCCUGAUUUGGCACUAGCUCUCCAAUUGUCAGUAGCAGAUGGCACAAAGGAUUCAGGAAGCCAGUCGUCAGACAUGAGUAAAUUGUUGGCAGAUCAAUCUUUUGUAUCUUCUAUCCUUGCAUCGCUUCCAGGGGUUGACCCAAAUGACCCUUCUGUCAAAGAUUUACUGGCCUCCAUGCAAAAUCAAUCUGAGCCUGAGAAGAAGAAUGACGACAAGCCAUCAGAUGAGGAGAAGAAAUAAUCUCUUAGAGCCACUAUGCCCUGUCUGGUGUUUAUUUUGUUUCUUUUGAGAGACAUGCUGGUAGCAUUUCAGUUGGCCCUUCUAAUCAUUGAGUCAUAUCGUUUAUUCAAAGGUGCUCUCGAUUGGCAUGUCCUUACGGUAUUGUAGGUAGGUAAUCAAGAUGAUGCUUGUCAUGACGGGGCUUUAAAGGACUUGGAUUUAUGUUGCAGGAAGAUCCAACUAUUUAGAGUAUUUCAAUGUCAUCAUGAUGUGUAUGAUAAUCUGUUUAAAAACAAUUUCUCGCCUUGUUUUAAUUUUAUCUGAUAGAUAGAUGCUUGAUUAAUUUGAUAAAUUGUUUUUCAGGUCGUCAA